UAUACGGUGCUUGCAUGGAAGGGUGCAAUUGUCAAGUAUUGAUAAGUUUCUUAUAACAGUGUUAUCAGUGGUGAAAUUGUUUAAACACAAGUGUUACUAAUUGUGAAAUUGCAUAUUGUUUCUCGUGUUAUAGUCUGUGUGGUUUAAGAACGUUGCUAUAUGAAGUAAAGCCAGUGUGAUCUGAUACGUCGGCAUGCAGCAUGUUGUGGAGAGACAACAAAUCACGUGAUACGUUCCUGGACGGGAGUUGCAAACGACUUGAAGAAGCGAUGCUUGCUUAAGGCGGAGUUCGCGGCGGAUGGCACUGCGGAACACGCAUUCGAAGUGGUUGUGCUGGAAACGAAAGAAAGGCAUGACGUUUGAUUGAAGAUGGCUUCACCAACUCCAUCAUUAGAUUCACUGCCUGGAGCAAAUUCAAUUGGAUCAUUGGUCGACCAAACUGAACUGCGUUCACUGUCACCCCUUGUUGAUUCUCCCGUGUCUGUGAGUGGAUCUUCACCACCCGUGUCUUGCAGCAGUAACAGUUCCAGCACUGUGACCCCAGUUGGUGUGGGAAGUGCUGGUGCCAAGUGUGGACUAUGCAAUGAGACAUUCACCAACCCCAAAGUGUUACCCUGUUUCCACACAUUUUGUCACCCGUGUCUGGAGAAGAACCAAGAGAAUCCUGACAAGUUAAGUUGCUCCUUGUGCCAAGGUAUAUCUGCCUUGAUUCCAGAUUUCACUGUUAAAAACAACGCUGAAUUGUUGGUACCUAACGAAGGAUUUAAACCGUCGUCAUCGACAAUUCUUCCUCAUUGCACUGGCUGUAAAAGCAGAGAGUCAGGCGCAGUUGCGCGCUGCUUAGACUGUGACAAUUUUUUGUGCCCCAACUGUAUGAUGGCGCACCAGUUCAUGCACUGUUUUGAGGGACAUCGGGUUCUCAGUUUGGGAGAAUUGCAACAGAAUGGUGGCAGUAAGGAUGAGCUGAAGAAUGGUCUGGUACCUUCUGGGGGCGGAAACGGGGUGGAUAAGCCAGUCUAUUGCAUGAGACACAAGACAGAACCUGUAAAGUAUUUCUGUCGUACAUGCAAUGGACCCAUAUGCAAAGAAUGCACACUUCUAGAACACCCCAGUGGACUUCAUGACUAUGAACACCUGAGCGAGAUUGGCCCCAAACAGCUGGAAUUGAUGACUCAGACUAUGCAGGAAGGGAAAGGAAAGGCUACUGACAUUCGUAACACCUUGAAGAACUUGGAACAUACUUCAAGUCGUCUACAGGUGCAGUAUCACAAAGCCCAGAAUGAAAUUAAUGACACAUUUCAGUUCUACCGCUCUAUGAUUGAAGAACGCAAACAGGAACUUCUGAAGGAGCUUGAAAGUGUGUUCUCAGCAAAGCAGAUGUCCUUAAAUGUCCUAGGUCAAAAAGCUCAGGAGACUAUAGAGAAAAUAUACAGCACAUGCGAUUUUGUGGACAGAAUAACUAAACAUGCUACCAUGGCUGAAGCUCUUAUGUUCAAAAGAGUUUUUGAUUCAAAGUUCCAGGCCCUCAUGAACUAUAACCUGGACAUAACCUUGCAAUCUGGAUGCGACCUGGAGUUCGUAUCCAAUUAUCAGGCAAUACAGGUUGGAGUACGGAACACGUUCGGGUACGUUCGAUCCAGUUCAGAGUUGCCUGUGGGGCCCAGCAAACAGCCGCCCAUUGCUCGGCCAGUGAAUGGUACUGUCCAUCUGAACGGUAAUUCAGGAAGCAUGAAUGGAGCAGGCGUUCAUGGCGCAAUGAACGGUGGGAGCGGUCUCAAUGGCAGUGGAUUGAACGGUGUGUUGGAGCGACCUUACUCCAAUGGCCUCGUAUCUUCGUCCAACUCCUCGACGUCUCCAUUCGAGUCGAACAUCAUCUCGAAACGAUUCAGUAGUGCCAACAGCUUGGGGCCCUUCUCGACAACAAUCAGUGAUCUGAAUUUGAAUGGUAUAAAUCCUUACGAGAAAUGGUCUAAUGGUGGCAGCGACACCAUCUUCCAGAAUGGCGGUGGGGAACACUAUUCGCUGUCAUCGGGAGGACCUGCUGACUCCAUGCUUGACCUUACUUCGAAACUCAUGUCGACUGCCAUCUUCCCUCCGAAGUCGCAAAUCAAACGGCAGAAGAUGAUCUACCACUGCAAGUUCGGCGAGUUCGGUGUUAUGGAGGGUCAGUUCACAGAACCAAGCGGAGUUGCAGUAAACGCCCAGAAUGACAUCAUCGUUGCAGACACCAACAACCAUCGCAUACAGAUAUUCGACAAGGAAGGUCGGUUUAAGUUCCAGUUUGGGGAGUGUGGCAAGAGAGAUGGUCAGCUUUUGUACCCGAACCGAGUGGCCGUCGUUCGAACCUCGGGCGACAUCAUCGUAACCGAGCGGUCCCCCACUCAUCAGAUUCAGAUCUAUAACCAGUACGGUCAGUUUGUUCGCAAGUUCGGGGCAAAUAUUCUGCAACACCCCCGCGGCGUCACAGUUGAUAACAAGGGACGCGUAGUUGUCGUUGAAUGCAAAGUUAUGCGUGUCAUCAUAUUCGACCAGUCUGGUAACGUUCUGCAGAAAUUUGGCUGCUCCAAGCACCUGGAGUUCCCGAACGGUGUCGUGGUGAACGACAAGCAGGAGAUAUUCAUAAGCGACAACAGAGCGCACUGCGUGAAGGUGUUUAACUAUGAAGGCAUGUACCUCCGGCAGAUCGGUGGGGAAGGCAUCACAAAUUACCCAAUCGGCGUCGGCAUCAACAUGGCAGGCGAAAUCCUGAUUGCCGACAACCACAACAAUUUCAAUCUGACGAUCUUCACCCAAGAUGGGCAGCUGGUGUCCGCACUCGAGUCCAAGGUGAAGCAUGCUCAGUGCUUUGAUGUAGCGCUCAUGGAUGAUGGCUCAGUAGUACUGGCAAGCAAAGACUACCGACUCUACAUCUAUCGCUACGUUCAGGUACCCCCAAUUGGCCUCUAAACUUGACGGUUCGAGGUAACGAACGUUACUAUUUCUGCUCAUUUCGUCAGUGAUUGAAGAAUUCCAUUGUAUUUGGUUUUUCAUGUGCCAGAAUUGAAGGCUGUUACGACAGCGGGAGGAACACGAGCAAAUACAUUCUUGUUAUCUGCAAUCUUUGUCACUGCCCUCUUCUGCAUGAGAACAUGAUGUUGUUUUCCAUUAUUGCCCCUCCCCGCCCCUUGGCAACAUCUCUUGCGACUCGAGGUUUGGUAAGCGGGAGAGUGCAUGUUAUUAUUAUUAUCAUUAUUAUUAUUAUUGUUGUAAUUAAUGAAGACAUAUCCCCUCUCCUCAUAACUUUACACUUUGAGCCUGCCUGUGGUGUUGAGGACAUGUAACAGGUGCUGAGAUCUCUCUAAUAAAACAGACUGAUAAUGCACUGUUUACUUAAACCACAGAAAUGCAAGAGGCGAAAGAACCAUUCCCAAUAAUUGUUUGUGCAUUUUCGAGGAGUGGCGUGCUAAGUUAGCUGUUGUUGUGUAUAAUCUUCUAAUAGCUGAUUUCUUCCCUUGAAAAUAAUUAUAAAUGCGAUAGAAAUAGUUUUGUAUUGUAUUUCAUCAUGUUGAAUCUCAGAAGGUAUCUCAGUUGCAUGGAAAAUGAUGUUCUAAAUACUGUGACUUCCGUUCUUUGCGGCGGAAGAAGUUUGGUUAACGGUGUACUGAGUGGUCAUGUUCUUUAGUAUUAAUUCACGGAAACAAAAGAACUUAACUUGCAUUGUUUUGACCAAUACUUGAUCUAUCAAACCACUUAAACAGGGAAUUUACAACAUUUAAAAAAACAUAAAUGGUGCCUGGGCCAUGUUGUGUAGUUCGGAAAUUUAUGCACCUGUUCCAUACAUAAUAUGCUCUAUUUUACUAUGCGUGGUUUUUUUUUUGGUGAUGUUUUGUGACAUUGUACUUGUAGUUAAGUAGAACAGAAUGAGCACAGAAACUCUUUUAUACAUUGAGGAAUCCCAAAGAUUUCAUACACCUGCAGUCUAAGAAAAUAAAAUAUUUGCCGCCUGUUAAGUGGUGGCAGAAGUAGUGACUUUCCUUUGUUAUCCUCCUGGAACAGAGACUUGAUGUGACACGUUCCGAGAUCAAAUGCAUCCUAGUCAGUCUGAAAAGUGUUAACAAUAGCUAGCACGUGGCGGCAAGGCGCACACACUGUAGCUUCAUUACAGCUGUAUGAUAUACAUUAUGUUUAUUAUUAUUAUUAUUGUGGUUAUUAUAUUAUUUUUCACUUCUGUUAUUACCUAUUUAAGUUUUGGUAAAAUAAGAAAAGGGGCAGAAAUGCUUUGGUGCUUGCAAUAUGCUUGAUACCGUGAAGUGUUUUCAGUUGACCCUUAUUGUGUUUUAUGCUGCCUAAUUUAAGAUACGGACGCGCGAAUUCUGCUGUGAAGACGCGCAGUUUUGUUUGUUGCUGAGUCUGAAUUUACAUUUCAAGUUAACGUCAUAAAGUCUAGACCGUUGUAGAUUGUAUGGGAGCCUGCUUUUUAAAUUAAUUAAUUUUAAGUAUUACAGAAUCUGUUCGUAUUCAAGUCAAGAGAAGCGAUUUUGUUUUAGUUUUAUUGGCGUUGUUAUUUCACUAGGGGUUUCUUAAUAAAAACAUUUCUUUAUAGUUUCCUAUUGCUGCUGUUCCAGCGUUGUAACAUCACAUGUUCAGUGUGCAUGCACAAAUCACUCUUUUGUCUUGACUACUAACAAGUUAUUGUUUUUUAAGUUGUCCUUCUGUAAGAUCUGUGCCAUUGGUUAUUGUUUGGUCCAGUCAUGAUUGGAACACAUAGCCAUCUUUGUGUUAUGCUUGGCAAUAUUUAUCCAAUCGUAAUUUAUUUUGUUUUUUCUUUCAUCCUCAGUUUAAGUGUAAUGAGAUUAGGGCACUGCUAGAAAUAAGUUCUCCUGUAUUAGUAAUAUUUUAAUUUUUGUAACUGUCUUGUUAUCUCGAGUAAAUUGGCCGCAAGUCACUGUUUCUGUUGCAACAUGAAGUUGGUGAUAAUCAUACUGAAAGUUUGGGAGAGCUUAAACACUAAGAUAUGUAACUUUUAGUGCCCUAAUCAAGAAGAGUUUUUGAAUAUUUUGUUGAUUUUUAAAGAGCUCUUAAAUUAAUGUGUUGUGUACACAGUUUUUUGUUUAUGUUAUUUUUGUUGUAAUAUGCUUUUUUUAAAUAAGAGUUUGUUUCCUUGAGUUUUUUUUCAAGCAUGCUUUUUAUUUUCCUACUGCGCAUGUGCAGUACCUGUCAUCUUCCAUCGUUUAUUGUCCUUCCUAAAUGCUGAUCACAAGGGAAAGUCAUGGUACCAAAAAUGAUGGUGGAUGGACUUGAGAAGAUCCCUCCUGCUUGUAGUGUGAACUCAGUAGGGUUUGGAAGAUAACAGUGCGGCCUGCCAUUAAAAGAUUGUUAAGGGCUAAACUGUGUAACGGAAGCUGCCGUGAUUUGAACCUGCAGAGUACGUACCACAUAAGAUCAAGUUGUGAUGCUGUCCCAUGUGACCAAGUCUCGAAGUGAUGCCUUAGAAGCAUCGCAAGGAUUUUGUCUGCCUCUUGAGGGAACGGCCUCGGAUAUUCAGAAUUCAGAGAACUCCCAAUGCACGCUUUUUUUACAUUGAAUUAAUGUAUGGUUUUCUACAUAUCAAGGGUCCUGUUUGAGUUAAAGGCCCGUAUCUUGUACGAGACUCCGGCAUUUGUAAUAGAUUUUCCUACUUAGAAGGUUUUUGUACGGUUUUUCUAAAAGUAAUUCUAAAAUAAAAGGGGUGUGUUUUAGCCCUUGUAUCUUUGAAUCCCAUCGCUUAGAGAUUCGGUUGUAAAAAAGCGUGCUGAAUUUUUCAUUUAAGGGAGAUUUUUGGACCCUUAUUCUUUAAUCUGAAUAAUCUUCCAGACCCUAGACACAAGUUUUAGUAGAAAAAUAUGAUAGGACAGUAUUGGCCUCAAGGCUGUUUGUUUCUUCACCUGUGUAAGGCUUCAGCUAGAUAGGGCUGAUUGAGUAUAUCGACUCCCAACUCAAACUUGAGGAAGCUUCGAUUUGCUGACAUAUAUAACAUACUCCAAAUAGAUUUUAGAAUCUUUGUCGUAGUUUGGGCCAUGUUCUUCAGUACAAAAUUUUGUGGGGUGUUGACAUAUAAAACUUUAAAUGUCUCGUAUGUAGGCAAAUGGGAAAGACUGAUUUGUGAAAAGGGGGGAGGUUUUUUAGAAGAUAAUCUUGUUCCCUUUUUAGAAAAACUACAACACCUCGUUACUAAAAAAACUUUUGUAAAAAAAUACAUAAAAAUAAUGACUGUUACGGCUGCGUAAACACCAUGUACCAUUUGUACAGACUACGGAACUAACCCGAUUGUUCUUGUAUCCCGCUUUCCCAGUCCUGUUCUCAUAGUCCUGUAACAGUGUAUUUGCUGUUCAGGUCUGUUCAGGCAGUCCCUUCUCAAUCAGAGAAGUGGACCUAAACUUAUACUAAGCAAACUACAGCUGUAGCAACUCUGUACCACUAAUCGAUGUGAAUCAAGUCAAUUACUCUAGGGAACAUUAACCCAGUGGGUGUUAAGUAAAAGAAAUUUAUUAUAUUACGUACGUAGCCUUUUCCUGCUUUUGUAUUGCAAAGUGGACAACUAAAUGUCUUGUAUAGUUUGUUACUGUGAAACUUUGCGCUUCUGUGUCACUUGUAUAAAGUAUUAUUGCAGUUUUUCCGUAAAGUGUAUGUUUGCCCACCUGUGUACUAUACCAAUGAGGCAUGGCGUCGCAUUGUUUUAUUAUAAAUUAAAAGUAGAUGAUCCUGGCGUCAGUUAAGACCCGAGCAGUAUGUUCCGUCGAGCUAACACACAAACAAAAAAACACUUGUUGAUCUUAUUGCUGCAUAGUUCGAAUUAAAAACUGCGUUUGCUCAUGUUGUUAUAGUUUUCAUUGAAUAAACGAGUAUGGAAUACCAGCUUAGAGACACCCAAUUUUUUUUAAUUAUUAUGAAAUUGUGAAUAUUAAUGUGUAAUAAUGUGAGAAUCAAUAAACACCAAGUAGUCGCGAGCCACGUUAUAAAAGUGAGCACCUGUGUUGAAGACUUUUAGUUGCUAGGCUGCAGGCUGAAGAUAACUGCACAGUCUCUCUUCUGCGCCCCCUCAAGUCUCAUCUUCCCACAUAACAGACUGUGAUCGUUGGAAUUGCCUUCCUCAAUUACCAUGUUAUUAUUAAUUAUAUUACGUAUUUGUCUUAGUUCUACCCAUAAACCUUAAUAGACGAAAAUAGAGAAAAAAAUAUUUAUACAUUAUAAAUAUAAACUUUUAUUAAAAAGAAUAACAAUCACUCAUUAACACAUUCACAAAUACAAUGUUGUUAUAGUAAUACAAGUAAAAUGGUGUAUGUACUGAAAGUUCUUUUGUUUAAAAAAAAAAGAUGGAAGUGCUCUCUUUUGAAAUGCGGCCAUUUCUCUGUCCUCUUUGUUAAAUCUUUGAACAGCCGAUGUUGUAGGAAAUUUGCUUGUCCGGUUCUCGAUCCAAUCUCAUGAUUAGAUCGAAGUUGUUACGACUUCAGCAGCUGGCAUCUGACGUGUACGUUCUUGUCAUUAAAUUUUUUAAACAAGAACUGUGGACUAUUGCAUUCAGCGUACAAAAAUGCUAGUCUUGAUAGAUUUUGUGGUAUAAAAUCGGGUGGUACCACGGUAUUUAGAAAAACAGUACCCAAUAAAUUAGAGUACUGAAUGUGAUAUCCCUAAACACAUUUCUUCAAUCAGAGCUGUUUAAAUAAUAAUUUUCUUAGUACAUAUUUUAAGGUUUUGUUUCUGUUGACGGCAAGAGAAAUACUGUCAGUUUUGACCUUUUCAUGCUACACAGUAGAAGUGGUGUUUCAUCCUGUGAUAUCCAACCCUCCCCCCCUACCGCUCUGUUUCAACCGAUUACUACAGGAUAGGAUUGUAAGGGGAAACACAGUGACACCACUUACUCAGCAUUCUUGCAGUUAUGCACAGUGACGGUGACUGACUGCCCCCCCCCAGAAGUUGGGUGUUAUUGGUUUUCAGUGUAACAGUCAUAUCACCUUCCAAAUUUUCCAUGAUUUCCCCCCCCCCAGAAAUUUGAUGUAUAAUAUACUGUUUUAUUAAACUAGAAGUUAAUGUACGUGAAAUUUUCAUUUUAUUCCACAUGUAUCGAUUGAAAUUCCAUGAUUUGGCUGCUAAAUUUCUUAAAUGGUCUUAAGUAAAUAAUAUGUUUAAGAUUUAUUUACCUUAAUUCUGAGUACCAUAAGGGUUUCCAUAGAUCUCUUCUGCUUUAUUUCUGUAUUUAAGUAUACUGAGUCCAGCGGAGGCGUUCCAACAAAAUAAUCCUUGAACUAAAGAGUUAUAUGGUCAAAAAUACUUGAGGGGUGAGGAUGUGGUGUUAUAAGUGGACUCCCUAAAAAGGUUGUACUGGGGCCAUAACCUACAAAAAACGAGCAGUCCCAUCAGAAGACAAAGGAGACCUUGCCAGUGCCAAAUUGAACAAUGCAGAAGCAUGAAAAUUGCUUAAUACCCGGAAAAAAAUAAACUGAAUUGUGUUGCAUGAGAUGACAUGCCACGAUUUCAGUGUGAACCAAAAACAAAACGAAGUAUGAGCAAUGUCUUUCAGCGCAUUCUCUCCUGGAAAAAAAAAA